AUGAAAUUAUUAUUUGUAAUACUUUUUUUGAAUUUUUGUGCGAAUUUUAUCAAUUGCUGGCUGGCUAAAGUGCCAUAUGAUCCAGAGGAAUUUGCCAGAUACAAUAUAUCAACAGAAGAUGUACAAUGCUUUUCCAAAUCCCAUGGCCUUAACAGCAUGAGCAUUGGAGAAGUAAAACCUUUGGAAAAAACUUGUGGAAAGGCAAAAUGUUCCAGUGACCGGACAAUUCAUUUAACUGGGUGUGGUAAAGCGAAAGUUGCUCCACCGUGUCAUGUGGGACCUGGAGAUUUGUCCAAACCGUAUCCAGAAUGUUGCUUUGAGAUAAUUUGUCCAUAA